AUGCUCCGCGUGGGUCCUUUCGACAAGCGGACUCAUGUCCGCCGAUGUGCCAACUGUCAACGGCGCAAGAUCAAAUGUGUCGGUCCCGUGCCUUGCGAAUACUGCAAGAAAACCCGUCAGUUCUGCUUUCAGAAUGUGGCCGAGAAACGCGAUGCAGUUGUAUUCAUGCCUUAUCGCCAGCAAGAUGCAACCGCUGUGCCUGUCAUCCGCACGCCCACCUUGCACAACGGCAAAGACUGGCAACUGGCCUAUUUCUUUGAUAGUUUCCUCAAGAUGAACGAAUUUGCAGCUGAUCUGUGGGGUCGCAUCACACCCCACCUCUACGAGCUGCUGCACACCUCGCCCGCCCUCAGGGACGCCAUCGCAGCUGUGGCUGUGCUGGAUUCCAGCCGCAGGCCCACUUCUCGCUCUCACGGGGCUACCUCAAAAACGCAAGAGAGCGCACUCAAAACCUACGCGAGCUCAAUGGUAGCUCUGCAGUGUAGCAUCGACGCUCACGGAGCAACUGAGGACGUCAUCUGGACGACAUUCUUUCUUGGCCUCUUCGAGUUGAUGAUGGGAGGCAACUCGGAGAACUGGGACCGCCAUUUCCUAUAUGGCACGGCUAGCCUGCUACGUGCUUGUGGCCCUACCGCUUUCAGAAAGGGUUCCAGAAAGACCCUCUUCCUUACAUUGCGCCUUUUCGAAAUUUCAAGGUGCUUGAUCUAUAAUCAAUCUUCUUUUCUGAUGGAUUCAGCGUGGAACUCUCUGCUAGCGAUGCUUCGCGACGAGGCAGGACCUGACGGAUACCGUAAUGAGACCGCGCUGGAUAUCAUGCUGCGUUGCUCUGAUUUAUGUUCGCGCCUUCUACGCAGUGCACCGGGCUCAAAUUUCGACGACUUCCUGGAAGAAGGAGCGUGCCUUCGCGCUGUCAUAGACAUGAUACUUCAAGGGUAUCCCGAACCCGAUCCAAAAUCCCCCAACGACUUGGUAUCUUACGCUUCCCUCCACGCCGUCUCCAUCUAUCUCUCUGGCAUUUUCGACUACCGCCUGCACCUCUUCUCUGCCACUCCCAUGGCAACCCUCCCCCAGUACAGGGUGAAGAGCCACGUCGCGUCGAUUCUAAAUGCAGUGGAGAUUGCCGUCCGACAUACGAGGCUCUGCGGUCUUCUGUUCCUCUUUCCCCUACGCGUUGCCGCGGCUCGAGCCACUGAUCCUCUGGAGCACAAGCGGAUCAUGGAUGCCUUCAAAUACAUCGGACAACAUGGUUUCGAUAUCGUUCGCCUUUUUCAACAGGAGGUUCAAGAGGUGUGGAAGCGGAAAUGA